UUCCUCCCUCCCUCCCUCAUUCAGGGGUGGGACUGAAGAAGAAGGCUAACUUGACAGCAGCGCUUCUUAGCUAGUCACCGGCCCCUGCCCAAGAAUGCCUGUGUGUAUAUAGCCUUCGCAGGGAGGUUGUUCUACUGGAGUCAGCCUGAGCUUCCAAGAACUAGGGAGGAGCUGUCCCAGCCAUGAUCCCCUGUGGGAAUUGGCUGGGGGGCAAGUGGCCUGGAAUCCUGACGCUUCUCCAGCUGCUCCAGAGGGAGAGGUGAGCGCGGGCAGACUGCCCGCAGCCAGAGGUGCCGGGAGCCCUGGGCCUGUCAUGGUGGCCGUCUGCAGCCUGCCUGAGGCACUCCCAGACGGGUUUGCAGCUGAGUCUGUUUAUCUGGUGUGGGAAGAAGAUGGGGAGUUACUUGUCAGUCCCGGCUUACUUCACCUCCAGAGACCCCUUUCGGUGUUCAGAAUGCCAGGAUUCCCUCACCAACUGGUACUAUGAGAAGGAUGGGAAGCUCUACUGCCACAAGGACUACUGGGGGAAAUUUGGGGAGUUCUGCCAUGGGUGCUCCCUGCUAAUGACAGGGCCUGUUAUGGUGGCUGGGGAGUUCAAGUACCAUCCAGAAUGCUUUGCCUGUAUGAGCUGCAAGGUGAUCAUUGAAGAUGGGGAUGCAUAUGCUCUGGUGCAGCAUGCCACCCUCUACUGUGGGAAGUGCCACAAUGAGGUGGUGUUGGCUCCCAUGUUUGAGAGGCUCUCCACAGAGUCUGUUCAGGACCAGCUGCCCUACUCUGUCACGCUCAUCUCCAUGCCAGCCACCACUGAGGGCAGGAGGGGCUUCUCUGUGUCCGUGGAGAGUGCCUGCUCCAACUACGCCACCACUGUACAAGUAAAAGAGGUCAACCGGAUGCACAUCAGUCCCAACAACCGCAAUGCCAUCCAUCCUGGGGACCGCAUCUUGGAGAUCAAUGGAAUUCCCGUUCGCACACUCCGAGUGGAGGAGGUGGAAGAUGCAGUUAGCCAGACGAGCCAGACACUUCAGCUAUUGAUUGAACAUGACCCCGUCUCCCAGCGCCUGGACCAGCUGCGGCUGGAUACCCGGCUCUCUCCCCACAUGCAGAAUGCCGGACACUCCCAUGCCCUCAGCACUCUGGACGCCAAGGAGAAUCUGGAGGGGACACUAAGGAGACGCUCCCUGAGACGCAGUAACAGCAUCUCCAAGUCUCCUGGCCCCAGCUCACCCAAGGAGCCCCUGCUGCUCAGCCGUGACAUCAGCCGCUCGGAAUCCCUUCGAUGUUCCAGCAGCUACUCCCAGCAGAUCUUCCGUCCCUGUGACCUGAUCCAUGGAGAAGUCCUGGGAAAGGGCUUCUUUGGGCAGGCUAUCAAGGUGACACACAAAGCCACAGGCAAAGUGAUGGUCAUGAAGGAGUUAAUUCGAUGUGAUGAGGAGACCCAGAAGACUUUUCUGACUGAGGUGAAAGUGAUGCGCAGUCUGGACCACCCCAAUGUGCUCAAGUUCAUUGGUGUGCUGUACAAGGACAAGAAGCUGAACCUGCUGACAGAGUACAUUGAAGGUGGCACGCUGAAGGACUUUGUGCGCAGUGUGGACCCAUUCCCCUGGCAACAGAAGGUCAGAUUUGCUAAAGGCAUCGCCUCCGGAAUGGCCUAUUUGCACUCCAUGUGCAUCAUUCACCGGGAUCUGAACUCACACAACUGCCUCAUCAAGUUGGACAAGACUGUGGUGGUGGCAGACUUUGGACUUUCGCGGCUCAUAGUGGAAGAGAGGAAGAGGCCCUCAGUGGAGAAAGCCACCACGAAGAAACGCACCUUGCGCAAGAAUGACCGCAGGAAGCGCUACACAGUCGUGGGAAACCCCUACUGGAUGGCUCCUGAGAUGCUGAAUGGAAAGAGCUACGAUGAGACGGUGGAUGUCUUUUCUUUUGGGAUCGUUCUCUGUGAGAUCAUUGGGCAGGUAUAUGCGGAUCCAGAUUGCCUGCCCCGAACACUGGACUUUGGCCUCAAUGUGAAGCUUUUCUGGGAGAAAUUUGUCCCCACAGAUUGCCCCCCAGCCUUCUUCCCCCUGGCUGCCAUCUGCUGCAAACUGGAGCCUGAGAGCAGACCAGCAUUCUCAAAACUGGAGGACUCCUUUGAGGCCCUAUCUCUGUACCUGGGAGAGUUGGCCAUCCCACUGCCUGCAGAGCUGGAGGAGUUGGACCACACUGUGAGCAUGCAGUAUGGCCUGACCCGGGACUCGCCCCCCUAGCCCUGGUCUAGCCCCCUGCAGGGGGGCGUUCCACAGCCAGCAUUGCCCCCUCUGCGCCCCAUCUCUGGUUGUGAGCAGGGCUAUCUGGGCUUCCUGUGGAUUGACAGCUUGUCUAGAAGCCAAACAAGCCAUCCCUACUACCUCCCCAGGAGACAAGCAGGCGCAGCACCAGGGAAAUAUAUCUCCACAGGGUUUGAGGCCUGGUUACUGUCUAUAAAUCCAACACUUGCCUGAAAGCUGUGAAGAAGGAAAAAAAAGCCAGGAGGAAUCUGUUACUCAGAUCCACUCAGGAACUCCCUGGUAGUGGGAUUCUGGGAGGCUCUUGCUUACACUAAUCAGCGUGACCUGGACCUGCUGGGCAGGAUCCCCAGGUGUACCUGCCUAUGAACUCUGAAGUCGCUAGUCCAGCUGGAUGCAGCAGUACUUCAAGUGAGAAUGUGGACGAGAGAAAGACUGGUAGCCAAAUGGCACUUGAAGAGUGUGAAAUAAGUGGUGUUCCCCCCUUCCACUCCAGAUCCUGCCCUCCCUGGAGCAGAGGAUGAGGUAGUAGGUUUUAAAGAGUCCUUUAGUGUGAGGUGGAACUGCCAGGGAAAGGGCUGGCUUCCGUUCACCUGCCGGAGAGUGGCUCUUGCCAGCCCAGGAAACUGUCAGUGUGAGGGAGAGCUUCCACCUCAUGUUCUCAAACUUACUGGAUACUGGCUGAGAACUUCUGGGCAACAUCCUUUCUGUCUGUAACAAGUAGUCACCCACAAGCAUAAGAAGAGGCUGUGGCUAGAAAGAAAGAGGCCCUGCUGUCUAGAAAGCACAUAUCCUGGCGGGCUCCUCAGUCAGAAGCCUGACAUUCUGCUUAGAGCUAGAUGGGUUCUGGAUAACAGUGUGGCUUGUUGCAGGCCUUGGGUCUGAGGCAGGAGAGUGGGGGUUUCAGCAGUCUCUUGGGCUUGGCCUUGUAGCAGCCACCAGUCACCCUUUAACAUGCCUGGUCUAGGCAAUUUGGGCUGGCAAGAGUUGGUGGCAGAAUCCCCGAGCUGAGAUGCUGAGAGAGCAGCUCCCUGAGCUGGGCCAUCUGGCUUCUACCUCCUUUGAUGACCGGCCCAGCCUACUAGCUCCUGGCUGCAGCCUCCUGAGCCACAGCCACAGGCACUAGAAAGCCCCGGGGACAUCCUCCAUCUUGGCUCCUGGAGCUCUAGGAACUCUUCAGCACUAGAUUUGCCUCCUCCAAAGUGUCUGUGUGCUUGCACCAUAUUUAACAAAUUAGGAAUGGGUUUGGGGUAUUAAUGCCAUGUGUGGUAAUUGUAUUGCGGUGAGGGGGAGUGAUCCAGGAGAGUGGUUGCUAUUAAUAUUAUCUUGUUAUAUCUAUUGGGUGAUAUGUCAAAUAUUGUACAUAGACCUGAUGAGUUGUGGGAUCAGAUGUCAUCUCUGGCCAGAGGUUACUUGCUACGUAGACUGUACUUACAUGUGAAGUUUGUAAGCUUGCUGUAGGGUUGAGCCCUGGACUCCCAGCCGUAGCACACUUCAACAUUGUGUGACUGGUAGUGCUUCAACUGUCCUCAGCCAGUGUGGAACUGGUAGACCUGAACUGGGCCACUGAGCAGACUAAAUAAAUUCAGAAGUUAAUAUAACCGG